GAAACCGUUGGGAACUCUUUUCUCUCUCACACACACACCCACUUAGCUGUUGCUAGCUGUCAUAAUCCUUUCAUCCAUGUGACUCACCUCCUUCUUACUUCUUACUUCUUCCUUCUUCCUUCUUCCCUCCAACAAUACAAUAUUACAAUCCCCUAUUUACAUUCACCCCGAAAUCUCAAUCGAUCAAUCAUUACUUGUUGAUGAUAUAUGUAUUCCAACAUAUAGAUCGUUUUUCAAGGUUUUUUUUUUGAGCUUUUAGUUUUGGAAUCUGUUGAUUUGAAGUGUUUUUGAAGGUGGAAUUUGAUUUUGCAUGGCGCAAUUGCCGCCAAAAGCGCCAACAAUGGCGCAGAAGUGGCCGUCAUUUUCCUAUCAGACGAUGCAGCCGAUGAUGCCGAUGUCAGCCUCGCAACCGCCGAGCUGGAUGGACGAUUUCCUUGAUUUUUCUUCAGCUAGGAGGAACGCUCACCGGAGAUCCGCCAGCGAUCCGAUUGCAUUCGUUGAAACUCCGUUUAUUAACGAAUGUCGUAACUCUAAUAGCAAUGAUCCCUCGAUGAUACCUUGCUCAAAUAAUAACGGAUUUGAGCGUUUGGAUGAUGAGCAGCUUAGCUCCAUGUUUUCCGACGACGUCGCCGCGAAUCUUCACUCGACGAGGUCAUCGUCUUCGCCAUCGGAACAAAAUAGCGACAAUGACGAACGUAGACCAUCGCCGCCUCAGGAACAACCGCCGUCGCAACUGAAGAGUGAGCCGGGAGAGGUAGAAGACGGUGGCGGAUACGAACACGACUCAGAUUCCGGUAAGCUUCCGUUUACUUUCUCCAGCGACGGCGGCACCAUCGUUGAUCCAAAAAGGGUUAAAAGGAUAUUAGCAAAUCGUCAAUCUGCCCAGAGAUCAAGAGUCAGGAAGUUGCAUUACAUUUCUGAACUCGAACGCAGUGUAACAACUCUACAGACGGAAGUAUCAACAUUGUCACCACGUGUCGCAUUUCUAGAUCAUCAAAGGUUGAUUCUAAACGUUGAUAACAGCUCGCUUAAACAACGAAUUGCUGCUUUGGCUCAAGACAAGAUCUUCAAAGAUGCUCAUCAAGAAGCAUUAAAGAAGGAGAUAGAAAGAUUGAGAAGAGUUUAUCAUGAACAAAACAUGAACAACAACAACAAGACGGAGAACAUCACCACCGGGUCACCGGCAUUAAUGGUGUCUCCGCCGCCGCCGGCGGCAUCGGUGAGUGGUACGGAUGAGAGGUGAGUGACCUCGGAUCUGGUAAUUAGAAAGGAAUGAAAUGAAUAAUGGGAGUGUGUGUGGGGGUGCUGCUAAAAUGCGCCCAUGCAGGCACGUGACCUGUUUGAAGUCUUUUUUUGGUGGUGGGGGAGUGUGGUCCCAUGAUUGGCAUGUGACUAUUUUAAUAUAACAUGGCUUCUUUUAGUUCUUUAUGCUUUGGUUUCAAAAGAAGAAAGGGUAAUUAUGUCUCUUACUUGUCUUUUUGCCACUUUUUAAUUGGCUUCCAAAUUUAUUUAUUUAUUUAGAUUCUUUUUCUUAAAGAAUAGGGAUUGUGGGGGUAUUAGUCUAUUGGAUGUCUUGAUGGAGGGCAUCUCACCUUUUUCUUUUUAUUUACAUUUUUUAAUUUUUAAAUUUUUAAAUAUGGUCUUAUUAUUUAGCCUCAAUGGGUAUUGAGACUAUUGAAUUUCUUUUGUUAUUUGUACCUAAAGGUAGGGUUCAAUUAGUUCAAUUGUAAUAUUUGUGAAGUGUUGUACAAUUAGUUUAAUUGUAAAAUUUGGAAGUGGUGUGUAAUGAGAUAUGUUUUUUAAUCA